UUACCUGGUACCUUACAUUAAUCUCGGGGCUCACAACCAUAAAAGGUCUCCUUUUCAUUCUGUCUGGGCUACACGCGGAAAGGUUAUUUCUGAGCACCCUUGGAACAACAACGGCUGAGUCAACAUGGCCUCCCAGCGUCUGCAGCAUGAGUCUAACGCCUCGCGGCAAACCCAUGACGCGUCAACGGCAAAUCCUGGUGCCAAUGAGCCAAACCGCAUUAGCACUCAAGGGCUCGACUUCCGUCCACCUCGUCCACCACGGAAUCCGCUGCAGGGUGUUGUCAAGGAGACAAUUCUCAACACGCCCCCUGAAGAGUCGCUGCAAGAGGACGGCAUAAUGAUAAGGGAUUCAUGGGCGUCGUUUGCCUCUACUGCUCCUAGUAGAGACUCCACGGCUCCGAGCAUCUUCUCAGUCAGGGCGUCGACGGCCACAACCUCGACACGUUACUCGCUUCGUCAGUCCUUAGUCGAGUCCCCGAUCUCCGCAAUCAGCCCGAUGCAGCAAGAACAUCACAAGGCCGGCAUCCCACACGCCCCUCGAUAUUGCUGCACUUUCUGUGAUGCACUUUUCGAUUCGAAGACGGAAUGGAACCUUCACGAGCUUGAGUUCCAUGACAGCCAAGAGUGGUAUCUCUGUGGGAGGUGCCCUGCCACGUUCCCACGAGCAGCGUUGUUAGCCCAGCACGUCAGAGGCGACCACGGCCUCGAACUCGCUAGCGCUAGUGAAUCCGUCCAGCACUCCCCCGUCCGAAGUGCAUGGGGCUGUGGAUUUUGCGCCGCCUUCCUUCAGUCGCGGAACGACUACUUGGAGCAUGUCGGCAGGCAUUAUGAUGAAGGGAAGGCGAAGUCGGACUGGCAGCACACCCGUGUCAUUGAAGGGCUCCUCCGUCAGCCAGGUAUCGAGUCAGCUUGGAAGGCCUUGGUCCGCAAAGAAGAGCACGCACGAGCUUCAAAGCUGCGCUUCCUUUGGGACCCAAAUACGACAGGCCGAGCAGACGAUGCUGCACAACCAUCACUGCAGGACAUGCUUGAGCUCUUCGCCACCGGGACGAGACAAGCGGAUGACGUGGCUGCGGCGGCCUAUAACAGCGCCCAUAUCAGGCUGGAGAGCAACCUCAGCGACCUGAUCAGUCGACUUUACUUGCGACGGCCCCAGCCAAUAUCUUGCACCCUGAACUUUCCUCGGCCCUCUCCAGAACUGCAACCUGCUGCUGCAGGGGUCGAGGACGACAUGGUAUCUCCGAUAUCUCCAUUGCCGGCACCGCUGAGGCCGCUUACAGCACCCCCGCGGGUUUCGGAACCAUCACCGUUUACGAUACUCUCGGCCUCCCCUCCGCCUGUCACAAGAGGAUAUAAAGAUGACUUACCAGAGUCUGGGAACCCAACGAUACCGGGAAAGGAGCGUCUAGCGCCGACAAUGCCGUCGACAGCACUGUCUGGUUCCGGGACCACGCGAAUAGCAAAUCCGACCUCACUGGAGCCAUUCAAACACAGGGCUCUCCGCCGUACGGGAAAGGCACAGGACCUCAGUCUUCGCAGCCAGAUUGGAACAAUGAUAGAUUCAGAUCGGCACGAAGGUGUCCGUCCGCCGCGAGUGGGAUUGCCUCCGGCGUCCCAAGCGGGUCCUGCUAUGAGAUUGUGGCACACAACGGGAGAGCCUACGCCACCUCUGCCGGCACAGAUGUUUAUGAAGAAAGGAAGUGACAUUCACCUGCGGAUCACUGAAGCAGCCGCAGCGUCAUCUGUCCGGCCGCACACAAGCUCCAGCACGCUGUCCACCGGAGGCAGUUCCCAGCGAUUUGACGACAGCACGAGUGACACCAUCUCGGAUGAUAGUAUAUCAGAACCCGAUUACUGGCCGGAAUCCAACAUCCCUGGGGCGACCAGGGCUUGGCAGACCUUCUUCCAAUGCACUGUCGAUCGAGGCAUGGGACGGCUUUGGGUCCGGUAUAGCCACAAUAUGCAUGCGCUGGUCAGACAAUGCAUGGGCGGGCCGAGCAGCGGCUCAGCGCAGUUCAAAGAAAAUCAGGGGCGAGUCUGCAAGGACGCAUCUUUGCGCUAUGCGUUUGGCAACGGGCUGCGUCCUGAUAGGCGCUCGCUUGGUGACGAGGACGAAAAGGAAGACGAUGAAGGGCAGGGAUAUCGGCCGCCAUCGUCCUUGUCGAAACGCGAUUCCCAGUCGGCGAAAAGGUUUGCGUGUCCCUUUCGAAAACAUGACCCCCAGACCUACAACAUCCACGACCACGAAGUAUGUGCGAUUCACUCGUGGACCACCAUUUCGAGGUUAAAGGAGCAUCUAUAUCGUAAACAUUAUAAGCCUCACUGCCAGAGAUGCAAGCAGACGUUCCCAGAUGCUAAAGCUCUGGCUGAGCAUGAAAUGUGCGUCAUGGGCUGCGAGGUCCGGGACAUGUCUCCUCCUGGCGAUAUCACUACGUACCAGGAGAAACAACUGAAGUCAAGGAAGCACACCACUCGUAGGCAGACGGACGAGGAAAAGUGGAGAGACAUCUACCGGCUUCUGUUCCCUCACGAAGAGGUCCCGUCGCCUUAUCCGGAGCUGACAGGCGAUCUUGCUCCCGUGUCCUCUGAGUCUCGCCUCAGCCUCGCAUUUCAGCACUUCAUGCUAACCGAAAUGCCCGGUCUCGUCACCAAGACGGCGGAGGAACAUGCCGGUAGGCGCCUCCAAGCUUACGAAGGGUUACCAAUGGAAGCGAUCCCGAGGAUUAUCGAAGACGCCCUUCGUAAGGCAUUCCAGACCUGGGAGGCCACGGGCAGCCACCUGCCUGCUCAAGAAGCAUCGGAGACAUCGAGUAUCUUUCAGUCAGACACUCCACCGAUGUCACAGCCGUAUGACUGGUCGUCGGCCGCGUACCCGAGUCCGCAGCCCCCUGCAAUCAAUAGCAACUUCCCCAAUGUACCCUUCAGUGGCACGAACUUCACCCCCGGCCCGGUACACGCAUCCAGUGCUGGCCAUUCCGGAUUCAACCCAGAUAUGCUGCUCCCGCCAGAGCCUCUGGGAGACAUCCAUGCUGUUUCCCCGCAGUAUCCUUGGGAAGGAGGACUCGGUGUUAUGGAUAUGGGGCCGUUCGAGUCUCAGUCGAGCAUAGGAAGUCACUUCCGGGGGUUUCACAACGGUUAGCCGAUGCCUUCUGGCUACU